ACGAGAUUGAUGAAGCUAAAUUUCAAUCUGAAUACAAGCACAUGAUGGAUCGAAUUGACAAGAAUAAGGAUGGAAAGAUCGAGAUGCGAGAGCUGGCUGAGCUACUCCUUGACCCCAAAGAAUCCUUUCUGCUUUUGUUUCGCUCACAGCAGCCAAUCUCCAGUAUCGAAUUCAUGAAGAUCUGGCGGGACUUUGACACUGAUAACAGUGGAUACAUCGAGGUCAACGAACUCAAGAGUUUCAUGAAACAUUUAGUAGAGAAGAAUAAUCUUGGAGAUAUAUCUGACGAAAAACUAGAUGAUUACGCCAAGAUGAUAUUGAAAGUUUUCGAUUCCAACAAUGACGGCAAACUAGAGCUGAAAGAAAUGGCCAAGCUCCUCCCAACGAAAGAGAAUUUCUUGAAACAAUUCCAGAAAAGAUAUAAGAAAAUCAUGGGAUUGAGUUGCUGCAGCCAGGGGAAAGAAAUACCGGGCCAAAGGAAACUGACGCGAGCAGAAUUUGAAAAGGUAUUCGUUCACUACGACACGGACAAUAAUGGUACAAUUGAGGGUGAUGAACUAAAAGGAUUCUUAAAGGAUCUUAUGGAGCAUGAGGGUCAGCAGGAGUAUAGCAUGAACGAGUUGGAGAAAUGUUGUGCCACGCUUCUCAAGGUCUGCGAUCAGAACAACGAUAAUAAAAUUCAGAAAACAGAACUCGAAAUGAUCCUCCGCCCGACUGACUGUCCAGACCCUCAAGAAUGAUGUCAUACAUGGGACAGAUCACCUGACCCUGUCACAUGACGUGAUGUUUUAAGAUCAGCGGCGUGUGCGAGGGCACUGGAUAUGUACAGAAGUGCCCGCACUUGCGCUAUAUUUGUCGACGACGCGCAUGCACGUUCAUAACUUUGCGUUAUAUUGCAUUGUUGUUGAACUGUGGAUCACGGGUCUGGUGUCCAUAGCCUUUUUUCGUUCACAGAGCUUACUAAAAAGCACUAGCAAAACAUGUACAUAGUAGAAUACUUGAGGGAAAUAUGUAUCACUUUACUAGCACAUGUACAAAUAUUUAUAUCAAAAAACAUUUAUCACUAUAUAUAUAUGAUAUAUAAUCUAUCAUAAAAAGGCACUUAUUAUGUCAGUUGGAAAUAAUUACGACUACUGCAACAAUUAGCAGUACGAUAUGGAGAGAUAAAACACAACUCUCAAAGUUAAAGUAAGCAUAUAUCGUAGCAAUUAGAUUUAGAAUUUGUGGUGACAAGCUCAUGAUGUACUGAUAACAGUUUUGUGUCACGAUUUCAAAAUAGAUGUAGAUUGUUUUUAAACAUGUGUAAACAUAACUAUUUCAAGACUAUGCAUAAACGUGGUUGCAUCUAAAAAUGACGUAACAAUGCUCGUGAACAGAUUAUCACGCAGCAUAUUAUAUUGUGUGGUGAGUUCACCUUUUUUUUAAAUUUCCCUUUUGUUCAUGUCAUUUAUAAUUUGUUUAGAAAAUCUUUCUCACGUUUCUUGAGUAGAGUUGAUAGGUGCUAGGAUGCCAGCAGGUUCCAUUUGGUUUGUUACAUCGGUUAUCAUAUUUCUGUUAAAUUUAUUUACUAACCUAUUGUUGAUGUAGACGCUGUGGAGCGCCCAAAGCCUUUAUGUUUUAUCGUUGUGCAAUUCAUCAAGUGCUUUCAUUUCAUCUUAAUUAUGUAAAUAAUAAAACAGGGGAUCUUAAACGCAGCUAUGCAUUACAGCUUGCUUUUUGCAAUAAUUCCGCCUGACGCGCAUUGAAAAAACCCCGUAGGAUUGCAUAGAGUGACUAGCAUAGUUGCAACUCGUUGCCGAUUUUCCUUGAACUUGAGAAAACAAAACCGGACCAAAUAUAUCCAGAUCAUAAUUCAUUCUACGAUAAAAGUUACAAAUUCACUGGCAUGUCACCAUUCGUGAUAUUCCAUGCAGCGUUAAAUACAAUAAUUAUAGUACAGUUCAACAGUGAUGUCUUGGACAACAUUAUUUAGAAAAUUAACCUGGUAAUGUAUGUAACAUUUGUGGUAAUUGUCACAUCCCUAUGUACUGUCCUAACCAUUUUCUGAAAUAUUCUCCUUGUCAAAGUAACAUAACAUUUUAGACUACAUCUAACAUAUUUUUAAUCACUUUAUAUGAAUAAGGUUUUUGUUCAUAAUUUUUGUUUGAAUAACCCCUAGAAAGUUUAUUCCCACAUUCGAAAACAAAUUGAAGUUAAGAAUACGUGAUGGCAUAUAAAAGAAACUAUUUGCAGCUAAAACUUCGAUCAUUAUAUAUAUUUUACUUCAAAUAAUUAUAUAAUUCACCCUCUAAAUACAUAUAAAAUUUAGGUUUAUACAAUUUUGAAACAAAGUAAAUUAAAAAUUCCAAAUCUUAAAAGCCCCGAGCAUAUUUAUUUUCGAGCAAUAUUUCCCACACUCAAUUUUGUAUUCACAUCAAACUUGAUUCUUAAGUGCACUUUGAAACAAAAAUUAAAAAAAUAUUAUGAAAUGUAAUGUUUCGAUCCCAUCUUUAGAUGCUAUUAAACAAAAAUCCGAUGUCUAUUCGCAUCUUUAGAAUAAAGUUUCAAAGAAAUGUGAUUGUAGUUGAUGAAUCUAUUAUUCUUUCUCCUAGUCCAUUAAGUCCAAAUUGUUUAUAUAGAGGCUUAGUUUAGAGAAACUCAUUGUAACAUGAUUAAACCUAAUACGUUAGUCACAGACAUAUCCAUGACACAAUGAAUAUUAGGGAUCGGAUGAAGAAAUCACGACUUUUGGAUUCUGUAAAUCAACGACAAUAUCCAUAUACAUUACAAAUUAUCUCAAUUGAGAUGGUCAUUUUUACGAAAAGCAUUUUAAAUCGAACAUUCUCUUGAACCUAACAUCCCGCACAGAAGAAGGUAAAACGGAUCCCCACUGAUGCGGAGAUUGCAUCUCUGGCCGAUCAGAUGAUCAAAGCUUUGGACAAUAAUGGUGAUGGCGUCCUCAGCGUCGACG